UCUUCCCGGGCCCAAAAACCAGAGCGAGUAUUAACUUAUUUGACUGAACCGUCUCUAUAUAAAAAGAUUGAAAACGUGGAAGUAAAACCCUAAUCACCAUUUCGUACGUCUAUCCUUAUUGAAACAAGGACGACCUAAUUUCCAUUUCAUUGAUAUUUGUUAAAACAAUGACGAAGAUUUCCGAUCUUCCUAGGGAUUUGGCAGAGGAGGUGCUCUCUAGGGUUCCAGUUACAUCUCUGAGAGCAGUACGAUUUACUUGCAAAAAGUGGAACACUUUAACUAAACAUCGGAGCUUUACAAAGAAGCUGGUUUGUCAAGCAAAAGCAGAACCAAAGAAGAAGCAGGCGAAGGAGUUUCAUGCGAUCAUGACGAUGAAUUAUAAGGUUUAUCUGAUGAGCGUCAAUCUAGAUGAAAUUCACAAAGAUGACAACGUUGAAUCAUCUAUAAAGCAGAAAGGUAAACUUAUUAGCCUAAACGUUGCUGAUCGAAUAAGUAUAUCUCAAGUUUGUCACUGUGAUGGUUUGUUGUUAUGCAUCACCAAUGACAACUCUAGGCUUGUGGUUUGGAACCCUUAUUCUGGGCAAACAAGAAGGGUCCAACCUCGAAUUUCUUACAAGAGAUGGGACUACUACAAGUAUGCUCUCGGGUACGAGAUGAAUAACAACUCUUAUCGUAGCCACAAAAUUUUGAGAUUUACACCACUAUGGGAGUUUGAAAUCUACAAUUUAAACUCUAAUUCAUGGAAGGAUGUUGAGGUCACCCCCGACUGGACUAUAGAUCAACAUGGCGUGUCUCUCAAGGGUAAUACUUACUGGUCUUCUCUAAGACAGAAGAGCUUACAUUUUGAGAUAUUAGAAGAGAUCCCUGGUUUUUUACUAUGUUUUGAUUUUACAACAGAGAAAUUUGGACCGCAUCUGCCUCUGCCAUUUAAGUACCCUUUUAGAGAAGAUACUAUAACUCUAUCUAUUGUUGGAGAAGAGCAACUUGCAGUGUUAGGUCAGCAUCAACAUUGGACAGAGAUAUGGAUUAGUAAUAAGAUUGAGCCAAAUGCGGUGUCAUGGAGCAAAUUGUUUUUAAUAGUAGAUGAGAUAAGACUAGACCCGGCUAGAGCUGCGACUUUCUUCGUUGAUGAGGAGGAGAAUGUGGCCGUGGUUUUUGAUAAAGGCAAAUGGGUUCAUAAGUCCAGUCGCAACACAGCCAACAUCGUUGGAGUGGAUGGAUACGACAAAGAAGCGGAUCUCGGAGAAUCUGUCCACAAAUAUUGUUUUCCACUUGUGUGCUCUUAUGUUCCGAGUUCAGUGCAAAUCUAGCAACUUACACCAUGCACGAAACAAAAGGAAGAAACCAUGUCAUUAAUUAGUCCAUUUACAAAAUCUAUGAUUUAGUUCUUGCUUUGUUCUUUUGUCAUGUUCUUUGAUGAUGAUGAAGAUUAGUCAAAACAAAUAUUUUAAAAAUCUUGCAUUAACAGUAGUACAAACUCAACAAGACUCGGCGAAGAAAACAUAAUCUUUGUUGAGAAAUAACUCGAAUUCUAUUAAUUAUCUCUGUAAAAUUCAAUCAUUCUCAAAGUUUGGGAAUUGGGAGAGUAGGUUUCCUUGGGUUUUUUCAUCAAGUUUUGAUGUUUUUACACGUUGCUUGCGUAUCUAAUAUAAUUAAUUUAACUCUUAAGUAUAAACAUAAAUCUUAUACAAAUUUUAGCAUCUUAAAAACAUUACAAAUUUUGAAAAAUUAUCUAAAAACUUGAAAUAUUAAACAGAAACUAGUUAUAAUCUUAUGUUCCAAACUCUAUGAUCUGGACCGUUCGUUUUACUUAAGCGCUCGAUCUACCGGACUGCUCAAAAGGAAUGAAU